CAAUAACAGACAUGAGUAGGACCUUCUGACUCCAGGGAGUGCUGUGGGUGGGACAGUUUACAAAAGAGACUGGAUUACUGGAAGGACGGAUAUCCUCAUCUCCAUCUUUAAUACAUGUUCCAUCGCAGUGAUAGACGGGUGGUGCGAAUUUUCAAAAUGGAUCAACUCCUGCUGGUUUUUACCCUACUCUUUUAUGUCCUGUCUCCGAUAAAUGGUGAUUUUCUGAUUGAAGGACUAAGAGGCAUUCAGAAAAGAAGCACUGAUAGGCCAGUGAAGGACAUAGAGUUCUACAGGAUAGACAUCAACAGUCAGGUGACAUCUCGCUUUGCCCAUAAUGUCAUCACAAGCAGAGCUGUUAAUCGUGCCAAUAUAUCAAAAGAAGCCAUAUUUGAUGUGGAUCUACCAAAAACUGCUUUUAUCACUAAUUUCAGCAUGAUAAUAGACGGAGUAACGUAUUCAGGAGUGAUUAAGGAAAAGGAAGCUGCUAAGAAACAGUAUGAUAAAGCUGUAUCAAGGGGCCAAACAGCUGGACUAGUCAGGGCCUCUGGAAGGAAGACGGAGAAGUUCACUGUGUCUGUUAAUGUGGCUCCAGAAAGUAAAGUCACAUUUGAGUUGGUCUAUGAAGAAAUGCUGAAACGUCGCCUUGGAAAGUAUGAGAUGUUCAUCAAAGUUCAGCCUAAAACUCUUGUUAAAAGCUUUCAGAUUGAAGUAGACAUAUAUGAAGGACAAGGGAUCAGCUUUCUAGAUGCUCAAGCAUCUUUCAUAAGCAAUGACCUGCAAUCUGCUAUCAAAAAAUCUCUAUUUGGUGAACAGGGUCAUAUCUCUUUUAAACCCACGAUAGAUCAGCAGCGAUCAUGUGCCAACUGUAAUACCACGUUACUGGAUGGAGAUUUUACUGUGACCUAUGAUGUUAAUAGACAAUCCCCUGGAAACAUACAGGUUGUCAAUGGAUACUUUGUUCACUUUUUUGCUCCCUCUAAAUUGCCUAGUGUAACAAAAAAUGUAAUUUACAUCAUAGACAAAAGUGGAUCAAUGAUUGGUCAAAAAAUGGAGCAGACAAAACAAGCCCUUCUUCGCAUUCUGAAUGACACGGCCCAGCAUGAUCACUUUAAUUUCAUACUGUUUUCCGAUGAUGGUCAAGUUUGGAAAGAUUCCUUAGUUAAAGCAACUCCAGAAAACCUGGAAGAGGCUAGAACUUUCGUCAAGUCGAUUAUUCCUGAUGGCCUUACAAACAUUAAUAGUCCAGUAUUAAUGGCUGUGGAGCAGCUGAAUAAAGCGCAUGAACUUAAAAUUGUUCCAGAGCGAAGUGUUUCCUUAAUUAUUCUUCUUACUGAUGGAGACCCCAAUACAGGUGAAUCAAACCCUGCAAAAAUCGAGGAAAAUGCUAAGAAAGCCAUUCAGGGCAAAUACACCUUGUACAGUCUUGGUUUUGGCCAAGGAGUCAAUUAUCCUUUUCUGGAGAAGUUAGCACUGGAAAAUUCAGGAAUUGCCCGUCGCAUAUAUGAAGACUCGGAUGCAGACUUGCAGUUGCAGGCAGAUGCAUCUUUAAAAUAUACUGAAAAUGUCCAACUUCAAGAAAAGGAUGAUGAGAGCAAGCAGCAAAAAUACAUCUUUGGUGACUUUACAGAGAGACUCUGGGCAUACCUAACCAUACAGCAGCUCUUAGAGAAACGACUUCAUGCAAACCCAUCAGAAAAAGGGAACCUAACAGCACAAGCGCUCGAGCUCUCCCUAAAGUUCAAAUUUGUGACUCCUUUAACAUCAAUGGUAGUUACAAAGCCAGAGGAAGAAAGCAAGGUCAAAGAAGAAAUAAUUGCUGAUAAAUUUGUGGAAAGUACAGUGCAAAGAGAUUUUACUGCGUCGUCCUUUCCACAUAAAAGACCACCGCAUACUCAAGGGUCUGCAAACUGGGUUGAUUCAGACCCUCAUUUUGUGAUAAAUGUUCCUCAAAAGAACGAUGCUUUGUGCUUUAAUAUUCAAGAGGAGCCGGGUGUGAUCCUGAAUCUUGUUGAGGAUCGAGAGCGUGGUAUUUCAGUAAAUGGAGAACUUAUUGGAAAAGAGAAAGCAGGCAACAAUGCGAGAUCAAAUCAAACCUAUUUUGGAAGACUUGGGAUUAUAAAUAGAGAAAAGAAGAUAAGAAUUGAGGUGACCACUGACAAAAUCACAGUCUUGAACCAUAAAAACAAGAAGACGCUUGCAUGGCAGAAAAAAGGCUCUAUAAGCAAGGAAGGGUUUAAUCUGGUAAUCAACAAGAAAGAAAAUCUGACGUUAUCAUUUGGUGAAGGAGCAACAUUUUUCAUUAUUUUGCAUGAAGUUUGGAAAAAUCAUCCUGUUCCUAUGAAUUUCCUAGGCUUUUACACUGUAGAUGACCAUACAUUUUCUAAAGAAGUACAUGGACUUUUGGGACAAUUUUUUCAUGGUAUUGAUUAUGAAAUAUCCAACCUUCAAGAAAAUGAAAAGACAGGCAAACAAGUUGCAACAAUGAACGUGAAGAAUAAGCAGCUGACCGUGACAAGGAGUUCGGAAAAAGACUACAAAUCGGACCCCAGGAAAGGCAUUAAAACUCCCUGCUGGUUUGUGAAUUCCAAUGGAGAAGGACUAAUCGAUGGAACCCAUACUGAUUACAUUGUACCUGAUAUCUUUAGCUUUGCCUACCAGGAAUGAUUGGGUUUAAAGGGGUUAUCCCAUGAAAAUCAGACAUCAUAUAGUACAUGACAAUACCUUUCUAACAAAGCUAGGACCAGCCCUGUACCUCACAUGGAUUCAGAGAUCUCCACAUUCAUUGCUCUG